AUGUGUGCUUCAACGGUAAAAAAAGGCCAUGUUAAUUUUGGAAGUGAAAAUUUUGUACCCAAAGACAAUACAAUAACAAUAAGACAAACUUCACCUGGCCAAGUACAAAUUGGUUUAGGAUUUCUUAGAUAUCAACACACAUACAGCAUUUCAAUAGACAUCCCAAAAUUUUAUUUUAUGGGUUAUGAAUUAGAAUCGAUACUUGAUGCGGCUGAAAAAAGUGAACCUAAUGUUAAUUGUAAAAUAGUAAAUAUAAGUGAAAAAGAAAACACAUAUGAGAUAACUGUCGAAUUUCAUGCCAAUAAGGAAAGACUAUUAAAAGAAGAACUAACUCUUUCGCUGGAAAAUAAUGAUAAUUUAACAAUCGAGUUCAUAGCAAGAGUUUUAGGACCGGGAAAAGGAACUCCAUUAUUAAAAAAUGGAAUCAAAUGUAUUGGUGUUAGCAGAGAUGAAUUAUCAGAUACUUAA